AUGGAUCCCUCCCAGGUCAACCUCCCCCCGAUGAAAGACCUCACGGUCGACAACAUCACCGAAAACACCAUCCGCAUCAACUCGCUCUGCCAGGACCCGCGCAUGAAAUAUGUCCUUGAGCGGCUCGUCACGCACCUGCACGACUUCGCCCGCGAGACCCGUCUCAGCACCGACGAAUGGAUGGCCGGCAUCAAGUUCCUGACGGAGGUGGGCCAGAUUUGCUCCGACGUGCGCCAGGAAUUCAUCCUCCUCUCCGACGUCCUCGGUCUCUCCAUCCUCGUCGACAGCAUCGACCACCCCAAGCCCCCCGGCAGCACCGAGGGCACCGUGCUCGGCCCCUUCCACACCCACGACGCCGAGGAAAUGGCCUACGGCGAGUCCAUGUCGCACGACCCCAAGGGCGAGCCGCUGCUCGUCGUCUGCACCCUGCGCGACACCCACGGUAACCCCAUCGAGGGCGUCAAGAUCGAUAUCUGGGAGACCGACUCCACCGGUCACUACGACGUGCAGUAUGCCGGCCGCGACGGCCCCGACGGCCGCUGCAUCAUCCGCAGCGACAACAGCGGCGUCUUCUGGUUCAAGGCUAUCACCCCCGUGCCGUAUCCCAUCCCCCAUGACGGGCCGGUCGGCCAGCUCCUGAAGAAGCUGCAUCGGCAUCCCUACCGGCCUAGCCAUAUGCACUUUAUGUUCCAGAAGGAGGGGUUCGAUCAUUUGAUUACUGCGCUCUACCUCCGCAACGACCCAUACGAAACCUCCGACGCGGUCUUCGGCGUCAAGAACUCCCUCGUCGUGGACAUCGGCCGCGCCGGCCCCGAGUACGCCAAGAAGUACAAUGUCCCCGAGGACCAUGCCCUGCUCACCUAUGACUUUGUUCUCGUCUCUGACAGCGAGACGGCUGAGCUCCGGGCACGUAAUUCCAAGGAGGCCCUCGAUAAGCUGGGCCGGAAGGUGAAGAUUGUAAAUGGCCUGCCCGUGCCGGAGCUGGAUUAA